AUGAGUAAUAAUACCAAUAGUAACAACAGCAAUAACAGCAACCGAAUCCGAAUUGGACAAUACAACAUCAUCAGCACCAUUGGCACAGGUUCUUUUGGCAAAGUCAAAUUGGCAGUACACGCUAUCACAGGACAAAAGGUAGCGCUUAAGAUAAUUAACCGAAAGAAGAUUGCCAGCAUGGAUAUGGGGGGUCGAGUAAAACGUGAAAUUCAGUAUCUCAAGCUGCUUCGUCAUCCACAUAUCAUCAAACUCUACGAAGUGAUUACUACGCCGACAGAUAUCAUCAUGGUCAUUGAAUACGCUGGCAGAGAGCUGUUCAACUAUAUUGUCGAGAAAGGAAGAAUGACUGAAGAAGAUGCUCGACGAUUUUUCCAGCAGAUUAUCUGUGCAGUGGAAUACUGCCAUAGACACAAGAUUGUUCACAGAGAUUUGAAACCAGAAAAUUUAUUAUUAGAUGCAAACAACAAUGUGAAAAUUGCUGAUUUUGGCUUAUCAAAUAUUAUGACAGACGGCGAUUUCCUCAAGACAAGUUGUGGUAGUCCAAAUUAUGCUGCUCCUGAGGUCAUUUCUGGAAAAUUGUACGCAGGACCUGAAGUCGAUGUUUGGAGUUGCGGUGUCAUCUUAUACGUCAUGUUAUGCGGUAGAUUGCCUUUCGACGAUGAAUACAUACCCACAUUAUUUAAAAAGAUCAACGGUGGCAUUUACACCAUGCCGUCCUAUCUCAGCUCAGAAACGAAGGCCUUGUUGGCAUCCAUGCUUGUUGUUGAUCCAUUGAAGCGUAUCACAAUUCAGGAAAUUCGAAAAAACCCUUGGUUUAACAAAAACUUGCCUGCCUACCUCCGUCCCCUGCCCAACACAGAAGAGAGCGGUAAUUUGUUGAUUGAUGAUGAUUUGGUGUUUGAAUUAUCAAAAAAGAUGGGCUAUUCCACUCAAGUCAUUCAAAAAGCUCUCAGUGAACCUGACAACAAUCAGUUCAAGGUGGCAUACCAAUUGGUAGUAGAUCACAAGCGACUGCUCCAAGACUCCGAGAAUAAUCACAUUCAAAGUUUUUUUGCUACUUCACCUCCACCUUGGAAUACAUCUUUAGAAGAUAGAUACAAGAAAUCGAGAGAAGAAGAUGGCCACUUGGAUGCCGAGUCUUCGAUUUCGGUUUUGAGUUCCAGUCUACCCAAAUCAGAAGCUUAUCACCAAGCAUCCCGGGAGAGAUCGCAUUCUAGUGCCUCCACUCGAGGUGGAGCGUUACCUAUUGCACCUAUUAGCGGCACACCACCACCAGGAGCGAUGCAGCCAGCAGCCUCCAUCAAUACAGCAUCUACUACAACCAGCCGAGUCUCACAACCUCGUCAAUUACCAAUCAAUGCGCCAUCACACACCAAGAAGCCUCACAAGUCAAGAUCAAGGUGGCAUUUCGGUAUUCGUAGUAAAUGUCCUGCUUGGGAAGUGAUGCUUGAGAUCUAUCGAUCAUUACAGAACGUUGGCAUGGAAUGGCGAACCCUGGAUCCCUAUCAUCUACGAUGCCGUUACAAGUACGAGAACCUGGGUUUGGUUGUGAAAUUUGACCUUCAAUUAUACAAGCUGGAAAAUAACAGCUAUUUGGUCGAUUUUAAAAACGCUGGCACACAAAGAACAGGCGAUGCACCUCCACCACCAUUAGCUACGAAUGAUGCAAAUUACCCAUUCAAGAUACUGGAAGGUCAAUUGGGACAAAAGAUGGACAUUGUUAAUAACCAAGGAGACGUCGAGGAUCCUUCACCUUACCUAGCAAGAUGGCAAAUCAGUGACGAUCAUAAUGUAGAGCAUGUCCAGAGUGUCUACCCCUUUCUUGAUGUGUGUAGCAAAUUGAUUACAGACAUUGUUUGA